CCUUGGUUCCCUGUCCGCCAUUUCAACCCUUUUCUCCCUCACCAGACCGUGGUCAGGUCCCUCUCAAAUGACCUCCACAAUUUGCAGGAUUUCUGAAACUCAACCCUGGGUCUGGUGAGAGACACUGUUGACUUAUCUUCAUCCCUCCCCGUCAUUCCUUCGACCGCCUGCCCGCCCGUCCAUUUGGUGAUCACUCCGAGCGGAGAGAAAGGCUCGUGUUGUCACUGGUGACCUCGCCAUCCCCCGAGAGAUAUACCACCAAGGAAAAGAAGAACAAGGGACAGAGGACACCGGGUGUGGCUGGAUUGGGAGGAAAUCGGAUUACCCGCUAUUUAUCUACUACAUAUCUUACGACCGGUCUCGCGCUCAUCUGGACCGUCCUGCGAUUGCGCCCUAGAAACUUGUCGCAUACGAUCAGAUUCGCCUCGCUUAUUUUGAUUCCCGCUCGCAUUCAGAAUCCCCGACAGCCGAUAUAAAGGAAAGUCAUGAGCGACAAAACCCGGAGUGCGGAGGCGUCGGCGGCUCGCCGCGCGACAAGAGGGGCCAAACCGUCGAACAACCCGGCCAAUGCCUUAAAUCUUGCCUCCCCGCCCGGCUCGAAGACGCCUCCCAGCAUGCCUGCCAAAAAGACCCUGUUCUUCCCCGGUUCAACCGGGGGACGCCAGAAGAGUCGAAAUAGUUCCGAGCCCAUCGACCCGGAUGCGCUUGCCAAGGCAUUGAAGGACUACGAAGACGCUGGACGUCCGCGCGAAAGGACCCCCGGGACAAGCCCGAGUCGGAAAAGACAGAGGGUCUAUGGUGAUAGGUUUAUACCAAAUCGGGACGGACAGGAUCUCCAAGCCACGUAUAGUCUCCUUCAUGAGGAUGGGUGUCCGUCAACGCCGUCGAAAUCCAAGAGACGAGCGCCACACUCGGAGCUCCAGUUCCAAAAGACGGAGGAAGCGAACAGGACAUACUCGCGAGUCUUACGGAGCGAGCUGUUCGGAAACAGCGUGCCACAGGCCGAUUUAGAUUCAUUGUCCCCAGAUCCCGUGCUGGGUCUAACCGGCGGCAUCAACGAGAAGACUCGUUCACAUACCCCACCCUCCCACGUUGUCUCCAACUUACCCCCAGCCAAUAUCACCCCUUCAACACCCCACAAGAAUCUCUUCAACUACGCAUCCCCGCGGGGGUCGGGACAACCAACCCCCUCCAAAACACCUCGAAGCCAGCAUGGCCCUAAUCUGAACGUCCGGUCGGAGCUUUACAGUUUGUCUCCCAUUCGGUAUGACAGCCAGCGCAUCCUGGAGACCCCUCGCAAACAACCACGCUAUGUCAACAAGGUUCCCUACAAGGUUCUCGACGCGCCAGACCUUCAGGACGAUUUCUACCUGAAUCUGGUCGACUGGGGCAGUAGUAACGUGCUUGGCGUUGGCUUGGGGAACUCCGUAUACAUGUGGAAUUCGCAGACCGGCAGGGUCACAAAAUUGUGCGAGCUGAAGGAUGACACAGUCACCAGUGUGAACUGGAUUCAACGAGGUACGCAUCUUGCCAUCGGCACCGGCAAAGGACUGGUCCAGAUCUGGGAUGCCGAAUAUUGUCGUCGCCUUCGAACCAUGAUCGGGCAUACCAAUCGCGUGGGCGCUCUGGCCUGGAACGACCACAUCCUCACUUCCGGGUCUCGCGAUCGUCUGAUCUUUCACCGUGAUGUCCGCUCCCCCGAUCAGUAUCUGCGCCGGUUAUCCGGUCACAAGCAGGAGGUGUGCGGGCUUCGAUGGAACACGGAGGAUGGCCAGUUGGCCUCGGGGGGAAACGACAACAAGCUUCUGGUGUGGGACAAGCUGAACGAAACCCCACUCUAUCGCUUCUCCGAUCAUACCGCCGCCGUCAAGGCCAUCGCCUGGUCCCCCCAUCAGCACCAUCUGCUCGCCUCCGGUGGCGGUACCGCUGAUCGAACGAUCAAGUUCUGGAACACGUCCACCGGCUCCCUGAUCAAAGAAGUGGACACUGGCAGCCAAGUGUGUAACCUGGCGUGGUCCAAGAACUCCGACGAGAUCAUCAGCACCCAUGGUUACAGUCAGAACCAGAUCGUCAUCUGGAAGUAUCCGCGCAUGGAGCAAAUUGUGUCGUUAACCGGUCAUACGUUCCGCGUGCUGUACCUGGCCAUGAGCCCCGACGGCCAGACCGUCGUCACGGGUGCUGGCGAUGAAACCUUACGUUUCUGGAAGAUCUUCAACAAACGGCCUGGUCGAGAACACGGGCGCGAAGGGAGCAAACUAGCGGAAUGGGGCACCAUCCGAUGAUGCUCCUAUAACGAUUCGCAUGGCUUCGGGAGUCGCGACCUCGACGCUUUACUUUUCUUUCUUUUCUUUAUUUUCCUACUAAGAACUUCCCACAAGCAUUAGAAUAUGGCGUUCCUGGAUUUCGGCGUUACUGCGACCCACGGUAUAUCCUUGGACGGUCUGGGGGAGGGUCUAAAGGUCUAGGUUGGCAUCUCUGCAUUUUGUGGGUUUACAGCAUAAUCCGGGCGACUGUCAGGUGCUUAACUAUCUUUGUUUCCCAUCUUUCAUCUGGUCACAUUUUCAUCGCAUGUACCUUGGGCCCUUGCUUCUUCGUUUUACUUGCUUCAUGUUGUCUUUUGAUGUUUCGCAUUCGUGCCUUGUCGUUUUUUCCAGUCUUAUAUCCCUUUACAAUGAAUAACAGCGACGGCGCUCAUGGUGUUCCCUCUGGUGGCCCCCGAACGUGGCGUUGCCCACCUGGAUGGAUAGGUGGCUGGCCUUUGAUUGCCGUCAGGGUCUUUUCAUCCCAGUUUCACUUGCAUGGUAUGGGCUUUGCACUCUCGAGGGUUUCAAAUUGACGAUGAGAUGACAUUUUACACUGGGCACCUUCUGCUGUUACUGGUUUUUCGAGGCGUGCAUUAUUACUGCGAAGGUAUUCGCCGGUUGACAGAGCGUUUCAUGCAUGAUUCUAAGGAACGGAAUAAAA